AUGGGGAGUAUUGCUUUUGAUUGCGGUUCAACCGCCGAUACCCCCACAAUUCCAGCUAUGGAGGCAGCGUUUACGGCCGCCGUGAAGUCUGGGAAGAUACCGGGGGCUGUUGUCAUGGCAAAGAACACUACCGGCACAAUCGACUAUGCGCGUUGCUUCGGGGCCAGGACGGUAAGACGUGAUGAGACCCGGAGACUUCCCCCGAUGGAGGAAGAUACGCCAAUGCGGUUUGCUAGCGCGACCAAGCUCCUCACCUCCAUCAUGGCGCUGCAAUGUGUAGAUCGAGGCCUCUUCGGCUUGGAUGAAAACGUCGAAAAGAUUAUCCCAGACUUGACAUGCAUGAAGGUCUUGGCUGGGUUUGACGAUGCCGGAAACACAAUCAUGAGGGAUCGCGAAGGUAUCAUUACUCUAAGACAUCUCUUGACGCACACAUCGGGUCUCUCGUAUGUGUUGAUCAACCCUCUACUACAGCAGUACAUGUCAAAGGGAUACCUCCCGGCAGCCGACAAAUUCGGAAUUCAGAGUCGACUAGCACCGCCGCCUGUCAACGACCCUGGUGUCGAGUGGAUGUACGGGUCAAAUCUCGACUGGGCCGGCAGGCUAGUAGAACGAGCUACUGGCAUGGACCUGGAGAGUUACAUGCAAGAGAACCUAUGCGAUCCCUUGGAUAUCAUUGAUAUGACCUUCAAGCUACAGCAGCGCCCCGACUUACUGGCCCGCCGAGCCGAUCAAACCCAACGCAGCAGGGAAGAUGGAAAGCUCGUGUACGACGACACGAUCUAUUUCCGCCAGGAUGGCGAGGAAUGCUUUGGAGGCCAGGGUAUCUUCACAAGCCCGGAAUCCUACAUGAAGGUCCUGUUUUCUUUGCUGAAGAACGAUGGUGUCCUCUUGAAACCGGACACGGUCAAGCUCAUGUUCCAGCCCGCUCUGGAUGCGAGACUUGAAAAACAAAUGAACGCUCACAUGGACUCGGCGACGCACAUCAACUUUGGCGGGCCCAUGCCCAUGACGGGGCUGAGACGAAACUUUGGGCUUGGCGGUAUCAUUCCCAUGGAGGACCUCGACGGGGACAAGUGGCGGCGGAAGGGAUCGAUGACCUUGGGAGGCGGUCCGAAUAUCAUCUGGCAAAUCGACCCUGCCGCUGGUCUUUGCACGCUCGUUACAUACCAGCUCGAGCCUUGGAAUGAUCCGAUUUGUCGAGGCCUCACUCAGACAUUUGAGAAGGCUAUAUACGCAUCGUUACCCAAGUAG